AUGUGGAUUCGCACCACCAUUUUCAGCGCCCAGCAGCUUGACAGCGUACUCUCCUGAAACAUGUCCUGGUCUUUGGAAUAUGGGGAGAUCAUUUUGAGUAGCUUAGAAAAUGACCAGGAUGUUCUGUUGGCAAAUUGCGGAAAAGAGCACUGUGAACGUCUUUUCUCCACUGCUCGGGCCGUCUGUGCAGGUGCCUCGCAUUCAAAGGUCUCUGAUGACCUGGAGGACGUCAUAAAGAUCUCGUAUGACCGGAUGUCGAAAGGCCAGAGUGGUUGGUGGAGAAGGAUUCACACGGACACGUCGAUCUUACAAGCUCUAACGCUGUCCGACCAGUCAGCAUAUCUACAAGCCAUCGAGGUUUUGGAUCGUGCUAUCAUUAUAUCAGGUGCUAUGGGCCGACUCGAUCUAAUUCAUGCUCUAAUCCAGGACGUUCAGUCGAAGUUUCCCUCCCCCACAAACGUGGGAGUCCUCCCAGCUCCUUCACGCCACCCCUCUGAACCGAAGCCAUUAUGCACUGCCCUUCUUGAUGUUCCCAGCCUACCAUUUCAGCCCUCGUUGUCGUCCUUUCGAUCCCAGCUUUCCUUGUCUCCCUUCAUUUUACGUAGUUACGCCAACGAUUGGCCUGCUUUAACGAACCAUCCUUGGUGCUCUGUACGGUAUCUUCGCACGGUAGCGGGUCCGGGGCGUGUCGUUCCUAUCGAAGUAGGCAAAGACUAUCGGAACGAUGACUGGACACAACAGCUAAUGCCCUGGGACAAAUUUCUAGCGUCCCUCGAGUUUGAUGAUCAGACUUGUUCUUAUGUUCCGGAGAAAAUGCUGUAUUUGGCUCAACAUAAUCUUUUCAUGCAGUUUCCCGACCUCCGAGCUGAUAUCCUUGUACCGGAUUACGUCUAUUCUGGCCCUUCUGUUCCCAACUAUGCACCUCCAGGAAAUGAUGAACAAUUGGUUCUAAACACUUGGCUCGGUCCCCGAGGAACCAUCUCUCCUGCUCAUACUGAUCCAUACUUCAAUUUCUACGUACAGGUUGUAGGGAGUAAGACAGUAUGGCUGGCUUCUCCGAAAUGCUCGGAACAUAUGUAUGCCGAAGAGACGCCGUCUAUCAGCAACACCUCUUGUGUUGACGUCUUUACCACUCAGGAUAACCAUGAGUAUCCUGCUUUCUGGGAGGAUGUGGUCCCCGGGGCUAUGAGCACCACGCUUCAUCCAGGGGACAUGCUGUUUUUCCCGCCAGGCUGGUGGCACGCAAUGCGCGCGAACGAGACAAGCUUUUCCGUUUCCAUGUGGUUCUGAGGUGAAAACGGUAGUGAUUAAGCAGGAGGCAAUAUUUGCGGGUUACGAGGAUCCUAAAUGAAUU